AUGGGAGCAGAGGAAGCAAAGAAAGAUACAAGUGAGGUGGACAAGGUCUCUCGUUCAAAAACAUCUGCCAAUGUUGAAAAGGCAACAGACAACCCCAAUGAGAAAAACUCAGGAGCAACGGCUGAAAGAGAUGCUGUGCUUGCUGCAAUCGAAACCGAGAAGAGGUUGGCCUUGAUCAAAGCAUGGGAAGAAAGCGAAAAGUCCAAAGCAGAGAACAGGGCACAUAAAAUGCAGUCGGCGACUGGAACAUGGGAGAAUAGCAUGAAAGCAUCUGCAGAGGCUCAACUGAAGAAGAUGGAGGAAAAAUUGGAGAAGAAGAAGGCAGAAUAUGGAGAGAGAAUGAAGAACAAGAUCGCUGAAAUCCACAAGGCAACCGAAGAAAAGAGGGCAAUGAUUGAAGCCAAGCGCAGGGAAAAUCUUCUCAAGAUAGAGGAGGCAGCUGCCAAAUACCGUGCGUCAGGAACUGCACCAAAGAAGCUUCAUGGAUGUCUCGGCAGCUUCGAUUUUUAGGCUAAAAUUUGAAGGACCCAGAGAAUGAGAAUGGGGCAAUGAGUUUGCCUACUUUGUAUAUUUGGCUUGUUGAUUUCCUUAUAUGUAUGAAUUCGUUUCUAUGUUGUGCAUAUAACCGUGUUUGCAUUGCUGGAUUGUGAUAAGUUGAUAACUGAUAAGCCUAGUUGUAGCUUUUCUUCUCCUUUCCUUUAAACAAUGCUUAUUAGGUUCUUCGGAA